AUGGACCCUCUUGAACAUGUUCUUGUGAACCUUUUGGGAGCGACGACACCGGAUUCGUCGUACCGUCGGUUCUUUGAAGAGUACGGUAUUACUCAGGCCAGCGAGUUGGCCUCAAUCACCGAGAAUCGUCUUGCAACGGUGUCAUAUGGUGUUUUGACCCCUUCUGUGGGAGAUACCCCUGCUACCAUUGUUCGUAUGUUUCUUCCGCCUGCCCAGCAGGAUCGGAUCUUGAAAAUUGUCAAAUGGUUCCUCUCGAAAGGUACCGACGUGACAAACGAAACAUGGUUUGAACUUACCCCUGAAGUCCUUGAGUAUUGGCAACCAGCCUCUGCUAUUGUUGCCCCUGCUACCCCUGUUGGAUCGGAUGCUCGGAGUUCCUUUGUUGAAAGUGCUGCCGCAAAGUUUCGGAAGACAAUCAAGAAUCACUCCGUUCCGUACCCAAAGUUCAGUGAAGACCGUUUUUGGGUCACUUGGAAUACGAAUAUUCGUAUCAAGCUCCGUAUCCAUGGCGUCCAGUUGGUUCUUGACCCGGAUUAUUUGCCCGAGACCGUCGACGAGACGGAUACAUUUGUCGAAAUGCAGAACUUUGUCUUUGGCGUGUUCAACGAUAUAUUGUUGACCCCUCGUGCGCGUGGAAUCCUCCACAAGCAUGUGGAUGAAUUGGAUGCUCAGGCUGUUUACCGCGACCUUGUUGCCUCGUACGGUAAAGCUCACUUUGUACUCAUUUGCGACUUCAAAGAGCAAGACCUGUGUUGCUUUUUUGACGACUUGGCGCAAUUUGAUUUACGAUCUUGA